AUGCCUUUAUCUUUUGCUUCAUCUGCUAUUUCAAAAGCAGUUAAAGUUUGUUUAUGUUGAUUAUAAGCUCUAAUAAGAGUUGCAUAAUUUAUAUCACUUAAAUUUAUUUUUUUUACAUAGAAAUGUUCCCGUAAAAAUGUCAAGUAUUUUAAUGCUAUUUCAGUAUCCUUUGACUCAGCACAAGCAUGCAUCAAACUAUUAUACACAGUUGAAGUAGGAAUAAAACCUCUUUCUCUUAAUUUUUUAAAUAAUUUAAAACAUUGUUUGACAUCACCUUGCUGAGCAAAAGCAGAAAUUAACAGUCUAUAUAUAUACAAAUCAGGUUUAUCAUGAUUCUCUUUCAUUAUAGUUAAUACAUUUAAAGCCAAUUGCAAAUUUUUAUUACUUAAAUGACUUUUAAUAAGCUUAACAUAGUGUAUAUGAGUGAAUCUUUGUUUUUUUGAAAAUACAUUCUCCAUAAUUUUUUCUUCUUUUUUUUCCGCUUCAUCCAUUUCAGUUCUUUCAUAGUCAUCAUAUGAAAGAUCUCCAAAUACAUUAGACUUCUUUGGUAGUAUUUUUGUACAGAAUCUUUUAUUAUAAAUUGAUAAGUAUGAAAGAUCAUUUUUGCUUUGUGUAAUUACAAUAUUCCUUUUGUUGAAUUGAUCUAUAUAAUAGCAUAGUUUGAUACAUGAAUAUGUUCUGUUAUUUGUAUAAUUAACAUAGGUACAUAUUUUUAAUGUGUAUAAAAGUUUUGUUUGUUUGAUAUAAUAAUGAUUAUUUACAUAACCUAUAACAUUUUUCAGUUUUGAAAAACAAUUUGGUUUUAAAAAAAACAUUAUAAUUAAUCGGUUGAUGAAUUUCUUAGUUAAUUUCUUUAAACUAUUAUUUACACACUAUAUUUUCUUCUGUUUUUGUUACUUACUAUUUUUACAUUUUUGAGUUUCAUUAAUUUUAACAAUCAUAAUUUUCAAAACAAAUACCUAAAAUAUAAAUAUUCUCUUAUUAAAAGGAAAAUUAAAUAAAAAUUAAAAUUAAUACGUGUAUAUAUUAUUUUUAAAUAAAACGUUUCAAUUUAAUUUAAGAAUGAAAAAAUAUAAUAUUGUGAAAGAAGAAAAAUGAAUUAAACAAGAAAGAUUACAGGAUAUAUCCAUAUAUGUUAAAAACUUUGAUCAUACAAAAUUAUAUAAAUCUUAUUUAUAUAUGUUCAUAAAUUAUAAAGAAAAUAACAAAUAUCAUUUAAUUACCAAUUCUUUGUUCUUAAUAUACUAUAAAAUGGUACACUAGCGCUACGUACAAUUGAGUACAAUGGUAGAGUUAGUAUUAGCCUAGAUAGCGAUCCGCGUCAGUUCAAUAAAGGCCAUAGCGAUUUACAGAAAGGAAGACGAGGUACUUUGAAUGUUUGAGCAAAUGUGUUUUCGAUCGAGCCUAAUUAUUAACGAAGUACUAACUCAUUAUUGAGAAAAAAAUCUUUUUGAAUUUUAAUUAAGAUUAAACGAAAAGAUGGAAAAAACAGAAGAGAAUGAACAUAAUGUGCUGCGAGAAAUUUUAAGUGAAGAAGAAUUAACGCAAAUUCCUGAAGGAUUAGCAAAAAAGCUUAAUGCUUAUUUCAACGAUAAGUUCGAGCAAUAUAUUACAGCGAAAGCAGUUUUUGAAACUAAUAGAAAAAAUUUUGACCAAACUUUAGAUAAAUUACAAAAGGAUUUAACAGAGGAAAAGUCAAAUUUUGAAGAAUGCAAAGGAAAACUUCAAUUAGCAGAAAAAUACACUAUUGAAUUACAAACUGAUUUAAAUCAAACUAAAAGUGAAAUACAAAAGUUGCAAGAUAUUAUUAAAAGAUUAGAAAAAGAAAAUGCUGACUUACGUAGGCAUAGAGAUACAGUUGUGGAUGAAAGGGAUACAUUGCAACUACAAGUUGAAAGACGAGAUACAGAAAUUGAAAGAAUGCAUACUGAACUAUCUUCUUUGGGAACUCAGUUACAAAAUGCUGUUGCUGCAAAAUGUCAGGCUUUAGCAGAAACAGAAGAAAUUCGAAGUCGUGAUAUGACUCUUGAAUUUAAAGAAAAACGUUUGGAACAAGAAAGGACUCUUUUGUCACAACAAAUGGCUGGGCUUGAAGAAGAAUUAGCAAAGAGAAUGUCAGAAUUACAAGCAACAAGAGCAGAAGCUUCUGCACGAACGCUCUUAAUGGAUACGCGUUUGGCACAGCGUGAUGAAGAAUUACGUAUUGCUAAUGAAGCAAUGGUACAGUUACGAGAAUCAUAUACAUCUCUUCAACGACGUUGUGAUGAACUAUCUCAAAAAUUAGAAGAACAACGUACACAUGAAAUUUCUAUGCAUGCUUCUUAUCGAGAAGAAAUUGGUGCUCAGACUAGAUUAGCAGAUCUUUAUAAAGGCAUGGCUGAUGAAGCAAACGCAAAAGCUGAAGAAUUUAGUAAUGCAGUUAAAGAACUUCAAGAAUUAUUAGAACAUGCUACUGAACAAUAUGGAACAUUAGAGACAACGCAUAAUCAACUUCAAUUACAAUAUAAAGAAGAAUUAGAAGAAAAAGAGCAAAAGAUAGAUGAGCUUUCAAAGGAAUUAAAUCAUGCUAAUGAGUUACUGAAAAAUAUUAAACAAGAAAGAUUAGAUCAAGCUGUUGAACAACUUGCACCUACAGCAGCUAUAGCUAGUCGAGUGCUUAGAAAAGGCUUAAGUCUUACUCAAAUUUAUACACAAUUAGUUGAUGUAACAAAUGAAUUAACUUCAGAACGAGAAGAAAAUGAACGUUUAAAAUCACAAAUGGAUGUUAUUUUACGUGAAUUAGAAGAAAAAGCUCCUAUUUUACAACAACAACGUGAAGAUUAUGAAACUGCGAUGACCAACAUCGGUAUGCUAACAUCAAGAUUAGAUGACCUUUUAGCAGAAAAUCAUAGGCUACAAGAAACAACUGAUGAAGCAAAUCGCAUUGCUAAGCAUCACACUAAAGAAAAUCAAAGAUUGAAAACAGAAUUAUCAGAUUUAGCUAGACAGGUGUGCUUCCUUUUAAAAGAAGUUCAAGAAAGUAGAAGCGGUGUAACUGUUAAUACAAGUGAAUUUUCAAAUUCAGUAGAUAUGGAUAAUCUUGCUUCGUCUGAAAUUAUUAGUAAAAAACUGGUCACGUUUAAAGAUAUUGAAGAAUUACAAGAAAAUAAUCAGAAGUUAUUAUCAAUAGUUCGUACAUUGUCAUCAAGACAAGAAGAAAUUGAAAGAGCAACAGAUGAAAUAAAUUCUGGGGAAAUGAAAGAGAAAUUAGAUAGAUACCUAGAACAACUAGAAGAUAUGCAAGCUGCUCAAGACAGACAAGCAAAGAUGUUAGAUGGUCUUUUGAGACAACGGGAUAUGUAUAAAAACAUGUAUCAACAAUGUUUGAAACAAACAAAUGUCGCAGAAAAAAAAGAAUUUUCUAUGAUGCAAGAAGAAGAAGGAGGAGAAAUUGAUACAGCAAAACCUAUUAAAAAUGAAGUGGCUACUAUUACACAAGAUGAUAUUAAUAGAGAAAAAGAAUUACAAAAACAACUAGCAGAAACUGAAGCUAAAUUGAAACAGAUUACAGAUGAUUAUGACACAUACAAAAAAGAAAGGGCAGCCCAUGAACGUAUGUUAGGAGAGGAAGUAGAAAGGCUUAGAAAAGAAGCAGAAGCUAAUUCGGCCCGAUGCUGCAGAUUAAAAGCACAAUUAGAUUCAGCUAAUGAUAGAUUUAAUCUUUUACAAUCAAAUGUUGCUUCUUACAAAUCUCAAAUAAAAGUUCUUGAAGAAAAAUGUUUUAAUUACAACGUGACAAUUGGCAAACAUGAGCAGAGUCUAAUGGUUUUGAAAGAUGAAGCUUUGGCAGCUCAAACGCGGCUAUCCCGUGCUGAAGUACAAUUAGAAAAUUUACGGCAAGAAAGACAACUUUUACGUGAUUCUGAAGGUCGCCUUCUGAAAGAACGUGAAGUAUAUCAGAGAGAACGUCAAACGCAAGCUUUAUUACGAGCAGAUGUUGAAUCUAUUAAAGCAAGUUUAGAGCGUGUUCAAGCCGAAGGUCAAUUACGUGCUGAGCAGCGUUUAGAUGAUGCUACAAGAGAGUGUGCUGCUUUAAGACGCCGAUUACAGGAAGAACAAGAUCGAUUUAGAGAAUUAUCUGCACAUUUAGAAAGACAACUUACUACUGUUCAAGAACGAUUAACCGAGGAACGCAAUAUAACUGAACAAAUUCGCGCAGAAUUGGAACAAGCUCGUCAAUCCGAAUCUCAAAAUACGCAACGUAUAGAAGAACUUAAUACAAAACUAAGACAAGCCGUUACUCAUUCAAUAUCAAAAUCUUUCACUGGUGAUGAACAUCUCGUAAAGAGAUUAAAAGAACUUGAAAUGCAACUAGCGACAACACAAGCAGAAGCGAAAUCUUUGACAGAACAAUUAAAAGCUUCACGGCAACAAAGUCAACAAUAUUGCGAUAUAGCAGAAAGUGCAGAAGCUCAAUUAAGAGAAUUAACAGCGCAACAUAAUAAAUGUAAAGAAGAAUUAGAGACCGCUUUAAAAGAAGCACGUGUAGAAAUAAUAUCCCUUCAAAAGAAAGUUCAAGAAUUAGUAGAAGAAUUAGCAAAGGUAUCUAAUGGCCGACAAGAAACUGAUUCGGAAUUACGAGAGAAAUUAGCUGAUGCAGAGAGAAAGCUUGAGGAAUUAGAUGAAGUUAAAAGAGAAUUAGAAAUUGUAAAAAGUGAUUUACAUAACGCUUCACUAUCUGUUAAAGAAACUGAAGAAAAAUAUGCUAGAGAAAUGGUAUUGCAUUCAACAGAUUUGCAGAUGUUGGCAAAAUUAAAAGAAGAUGCACAAACUGUAGAACAAAAAAUAGCAAGCUUAAACCAAGAAAGAAAUGCAGCUGUAGAAGCUCUAAAUCUUGAGAGAGUAGCUUGUCAAGAAAGAGAAAAAAGAUUACUUGAAGAGAUCCAAGAAAUGCAACAAAGAAUAUCAGAUUUGGAUACACAAAAUGCUAUUUUGCACACUCAAAUUCAAGAAUUAAGCGAUACGACUGCAAUCAUGCAUAGUCAACAAUCAAAGAUAGGUGACCAGGGAAGUCCUGAUACUAGCUUAGAAGCAAUGAAUCGUAGCUUUAGUGGACUUGAAGAUGAUUCUAAAUCUGCUGAACAAUUAUUAAGAGUAAUGAAAUAUCUAAGACGUGAAAAAGAUUUAGCUGUAGCAAAAUUUGAUGUUUUAAGAGCUGAAAAUCUUAGAUUAAAAUCACAAGUGGAAGUCAUAGAAAAAAGACUAAAGGAAACAGAAGCUAUCCUUAAUUCGGAAAGAGAAAAGUCCGAAAUUCAUAUAGUAACCACGUCCAAACAUGCAGAGUUAUUGCGGAAAGUUGAGACAUUAAAUGCCAUCACAGAUUCUAAUAGAAUUCUAAGAGAGGAAAGAGAUAAUUUAAGUGCAAAAGUUUCAGAGCUCACUGCAAAAGUAGCAACACUUUCUGAAGAAGUAGUACCACUUCGAGAUACAUCUCGAGAUUUACAAGCAAAGACUGAAGCCUUAUUACAAGAAAAUACAAGUCUUAAAGGAGAAGCAACUAGGUGGAGACAAAGAGCUAAUACAUUAGUAGAAAGAGCUAACAAAACAAGUCCGGAAGAUUGGCGUAGGUUGCAAACUGAACGGGAAAAUCUUAGUAAAUUGCUUACAUCUGAACGUGAAACACAUGUUAAACGCGCAGAAGAAUUAAAUCAAUUGAAAGUAGAAAAAACUAAAUUGGAAGAACAGUUAACACUGCUUCAAAAACAAGUACAAACUCAAGGAGAAGAAGUUCAAAAAGCAUCUGAAGAAGCACGUAAAUUGAGUCAAGACUUGAACCAAGCUCUUGCUGAUUCUUCUUCUAAAGCUAAGGAUUUAGCAACCUUAAGAAAAGAGCUUGGUGAUAAAGAAGCAGUUUUGAAUGACAUAAAGAAUAAAGAGAUACAAAUAAGAAAAAUAGCGAAAAAAUACAAAACUCAGUUUGAAGAACUUGCGAAAACAGUAGAAGAAGAAAAAAGCAAAUCUGAAGAAUCUCGAAUGUCGUCUGGUAUUUCUGGAAAUGAAGAUGUCGCACAUGUAUCUCAAGAACGUGAAGAUGAAUUGCGAGAAGAAGGCAGACAAGAAUUGCGUCAAGCAAACCUAGAAUUAACAUCAAAGGUUGAUGAAUUGUCUCGUCAAAUGAUAGUUGUACAAAAUGAAGCAGAAUCGUUAAAGAAAGAGAUCGAUACGAUGAAUAGAACACGCGUUGAGAAAGAAGAACGUGUAAGACGAGCAUUAACAACUGCAAGAACUGAACUUAUGCGGCUAAGAGAAUCAAAGAAACUUUGCGAAAAGGAAUUACUUGAAUUGAAAGCUAAAUUCGAAGCUGGUGCAACCGAGUCAGAUACUACUGAACAUGAUGCUAGACUUGCAGCGCUUAAAUCUCAAAUGGAAAGUAGAAUUUCUCGUCUUGAACAUGAAAAGUCAGAAAUUCAAGCAGAAAAAGAAACUCUUGUGCAAAGAGUUACUCAAUUGCAGCGACAAGUAGCUGGCGUUAGUGGAAUUAGUGCUACUACGGAACCACCAACAGCUAAUAUUAAACCUAUGUCUGCUCGUGCUGAAACUCCAUUAGCGAGUAUUCGACCUAUGAGUGUAGUAGUGCAGUCUAGAACAGCUGCCGUUUUACCCACAACGGCAACUGCACCAGUAAUGGUUGCCCCUCAUCAGCAACAACAGUCACAACAACAAGUAGUACAUACUACUGAAACAAGUUCGCCAACUAGUAGUCUUCCAGAUUUCCAACCAGCUAGUACUAGCAGCAGUUCAUCGCAAACAGCACCAAGUACUUUACGACAACUCGUUUCAGUGAGCACAUCACAAGCUUCGACAGGGCAUAAACGUUCUAGAGCUCUUGAUUCGACAGCAUCAGGAUCUGGAAUUGUUGAAGGUGUAGAUCACAGUAGACAAGAACAAGUGCUUAGUCCCAAAGCUAAACGAUCCAGACAAGAAAUGUCAUCUACUGCUAGUGCAAGCGCUUCAGAGGUCGAGUACCAGGUACCAACAUCGAGCCAGCGGGAUCAAGACGAGGAAGUAGAAGAAGGAUGUGUUGUUGUUGUAGAUUGUGACGAAGGCGAAGGAGGCGGUAAUCAUCAAACUCAGGAGGAAGAAGAAUUUGACAAUGAUCCAUAUGAAGAAAUGGAAGAAGAAGAAGAGAUACCUUAUGAAGUGGAAGUAGAAGUGGAAAGAGAUAAUAAUGAAGUUGAAAUUAUAAUGGGAGAAGAUUCUACAAGUGUAGAGGUACCUAGACAAGCACAGGUAACAGUACCUACGAAUCAACAGCAACAGCAAUCAGAAGCAAUUAGUAGUGCUGAACCAACGGGAGAACCACCUACAUCUUUUGGAGCCCGAUCUUCACGUGGAAUUGCGCCAAUGCCUAGGCAACAACAACAACAACAUCUUCUUUUGCCGCAACAAGGAUAUGAAGAUGGCGGUGAUGAUAGCAUAGUACCGAGCACGCCAACUUUAUUCGUACCACGUCGAGGAGAUGGAUUUGGAGAAGCUGUGAGUUCACCUCAAGUUCCUCAAGGUCGUUUUACUUUUGGAGAUUCGUCUACACCAACAACAGCAUCGUCAACUCCUUCGUUAUCAACUCCUUCUGGUUCAGCAACUCGAACAAUAUUUGGAUCAUCUAGUUCCGGUGUAGCUCAAGUCAUUCAAGAAAGCAUGGAUGAUACACGAAUGGAUCUUACUCAGUUAGAAGAUGGUGGUACUGGUCGUAGUGUACCUACUACUCCUUUACAAGUUUCACCAGCAGCUGAUUUACCUCCUUCGACAAGCAGUGGACCUUCGGAAGAACAGGAAACUCCAGUUUCAGUAACACCGAUGUCAGUGACAGGUACUACUGUUGCUGAUGCUAGUGAGGAGCCUACAAUUCCAAGUAUUCGUGUGCUUGGUGUUGAUGAUCAACAGCAUAAUCAAACUGAAAUAAUUACAGAAUCUAUUAGCACAACACCGACUGAAGGCAUAAGUUCAGAGGGUGAGAAACGCACAGAGGAAGCUGGUCCUUUAAUCUCCGGGGAUGAUGACGCAGUAGAUACUGGCGAAGGCACUGAAGAACCAGGAAGUGAUAUAGUGGAAGAUGAAGUAGAAGAAAGUCGUGAAGCAGAAGCUUCUCCAUCCAGUAAUACUCGUCAAAGAGCAAUGGCGGCAGCAGCUAAUGCUGCAGCUGCAGCAAAUGGUGCUAGAGGAGCUACAGCACGGCGUUCAGCAAGAUCGCAAGAUCGAUUUAGAACACGUGGUACUCGACCUACACCUAUUGUAUGGGAAAGUCAAUCUGGUGGCAGAGGACAAAGCGUAAUACGCGGAGGACACACAACAAGAGGAGCAAAUAAUGAAACAGGAAGAGGACGUGGAACAAGAGGACGACGAAUGCGAUCUAAAUAUGCAUAUGCGCGAUUUUAAAAUAGUUUUGUAUACAAAAUCGUGAGAAAAAUUGCACAUUGCUGCUAUCCUUACACGAAUGGUGUAAGAAUAUGUUGACCAUUAAUAUAUUGACUUUCAAAACAAAAAUAUUUUUAUUUGACAUCAAAUAAUAAUUUUGUUGUACAGAUACAUUUAUCAAUGAAAUAUUUGUUAUACCUAAACUUAGAUAAAACUAUGAUAUAUCUUAUGGCAGUGUACAUUUAUCUUUUCAAAUGAAAACUAUAUGAAAUUAAAAAUUUAAUGUCGUUUUUUUAAAUUUUUAAAAUCAAAGAUAACAUUUCUUUUAUCAAGAUUUUAUUAAUGCUAAAAAGUUAAGUUGAAAUUAAAUAACAUUUAAGUUGUUUUAUUUACAUUAUUUUAAAACUGAUUUUUAUACAAUUAUUAUUCAAAUUUCAUAUAGUGUAUAUGUGAUUUAUAUAGUAAACAUAUUUAUAUAAAACAUUUUGUACAAGACAUAUUAUCACUGAAUUUCAUAAAUUAUGCAAUGAUCAUCGUAAAAGCUCUGUUACAAAUGUUUGACAAAAUGUAUUUAUGUAAGUGCAUUGCCUUUUUUAUAUUUUAUAAGCUUAAAUUCUACCAUCUUUUUCAACAGAUCUAUAAAUAAGCAUUGGAAACAUAUAUGUUGUAUGUUUCAAUUUCCAAUCAUUAAUAAAUAGCAUAAAAUAAUAAUAGCAUUAAAUAUAAUUUUAAGUAUAAUUAACAUACUACGAAAUUUACUAUUAGAAUAAAUAAAGAUACUUAUUACGUUCCAUACAUAAUGCGUAAUAUAUUUUAUACAUCAGUCUCUUUAGCAAUAUUUUGCAGUAGUAUUAUUAAUUAUUAUUAAUUAAUACU